AUGCAAAUGGAGGUCGUCUACCUCGGCGUAGCUCUCGUGUCCUUGUGUGUUGUGCUUCUUUCCAGGCGUAGGCGCAGAGCGAACGAGCCGCCGGGGCCGUGGCAGCUGCCGGUUAUCGGCAGCCUGCACCACCUCGCCGGGCAGCUCCCCCACCACGCGCUGCGUGACCUAGCACGGCGCCACGGGCCGGUGAUGCUCCUCUGGCUCGGCGAGGUGCCCACGCUGGUGGUGUCGUCCCGGGAGGGUGCCCGCGAGGUGAUGAAGACCCACGACGCGGCGUUCGCGACGCGACCCCUCAACGCCACCAUGCGCGUGCUCACCAACGGCGGCCGGGGCAUUGUGUUCGCGCCGUACGGCGACUACUGGCGUCAGCUCAGGAAGAUCACCGUCUUGAAGCUCCUUUCGGCGCGGCGCGUCCUGUCCUUCCGCGCCAUCCGGGAGGAGGAGGUCGCUGCCAUGCUCCGCGAUGUCGCGGACGCAGCGGCGGCCGCGCGCCCCGUGGAGCUAAGCGCGCGCAUCUCCGCCCUCGUCACCGACAUCACCGUCCGCGCCGUCAUGGGCGACCGGUUCAAGGAGCGCGACGUGUUCCUCCGCUCGCUCGACCGCGGCGUGAAGCUCGCGGCCGGGUUCAACCCGCCGGACCUGUGGCCGUCGUCCUGGCUUGUCGGUUGGCUCAGCGGGGGCGUGCGCCGCGUCAAGGAUUGCCGCGAUACCGGGACCGGCAUCCUUGACCCCAUCAUCCGGGAGCACCUGGAGAAGAUGGAAGAUGGCGGAGGCCAGAAGGAGGACUUGCUCGACGUGCUUCUAAGAAUACAGAAGGAGGAGGAGGGCAGGCUCCAAUUCCCGCUCGACAUGGACACAGUCAAAUCCGUCAUCUUGGACAUAUUCGGAGCCGGCAGCGAGACGGCGGCUACGACGCUGGGCUGGGCGUUUGCAGAGCUGAUCAGGAACCCAAUGGUGAUGCAGAAGGCGACGGCUGAGGUCCGACAAACCUUUGAGGCUCGCGGCACCAUAGCGGAGGAGGCCCUCAACGAACUCUCGUACCUACACCUAGUCAUCCGGGAAACUUUGCGGCUGCACACGCCCUUGCCGCUGCUCAUCCCUCGAGAGUGCCGGGAGUCAUGCCAGGUGCUCGGGUACGACGUGCCGCGGGGUACACAGGUGCUGGUCAAUGCCUGGGCGCUCGCCCGUGAUGAGCGCUAUUGGCCCGACGCGCCCGACGUGUUCCGGCCCGAGAGGUUCGAGGGCGAGGCGGCUGGGGCGGACUUCAGGGGCACCGACUUCUCCUUCUUGCCAUUUGGCGCCGGCCGGAGAAUGUGCCCCGGGAUAGAGUUUGGCCUCGCCAACGUCGAGCUCGCGCUCGCAAGCCUGCUAUUCCACUUUGACUGGGAGGGUACACCACCUGGGGAGUUGGACAUGGCCGAGGUGUUUGGCAUCACUGUGCGGCGGAAGGCCGGCCUCCUGGUGCGCCCCGUUCUCCGGGUGCCCGUUCCCCGAGUCUUGUCAGACGGCAACGGAGAUCGUUAA